AUGAGCGCCAUGUACCCGACACCUUCCCUUCAAUUUAUCGACCAGAAGCGCCCAGGCCAUGGACUCUGGAGUACAGUUUUGACCCUGACUGCAUCUGGAACCUGGAUGGAUCCGGCACGUGCGCCCAAGGGUCUCGCAACAAGUCAAAGGUCAUGGCAACCAAGGGAAUGCAGCGAAUGCCCAAACGUCCGACGCAGAAAAAACGUUUCCAUCCUGGUGUGUGUCAAUGCUGGUAAUGGCCAUGUUGCCCCGUUCUUUGUCCUGCCCGGCGCCAACGUGUGCAAACAGAUGAUUGUGGCCUCGCUGGGGAUUGACAUUGAUGUUGCCAGGGCCAUGUGCAUCAAUGCCAGCCUGAUCCAAGCAUCCACGGAGCAAACAAGUGCCCCCAAAAGCGAAGACGAAUGGGUUCACGGUGGCUGCCUUAUGACCUCCGAAGAAAUCGCGACGAAGGUGGCGGAAAAGGAGACCAAGAAGAUGGAAGGCGAAGCAGAAUUCAAAGUCAACAAGAAGAUGUUGGCCCAAAAAUAUGCAUGCAGCAACAGCGCAUGCAAAGAAGAAACCUCAAGAACGUCGUCGUGA